GCCAGAACUUCAUAAAUUUCAGCAGAAUCAACCAAAACAGCCAAUUUUCGUGCUAUCAACAGUCUCUUAAUAUGACAAUUUUUCUCGUCAGUUAUACGAGUGACAACCCCUAAAAUGUUACAAAUGUUACUUUAAUAGCGACAACCACUAAAAAUGUAUCCAAAAUAUGUACAUAUCCCUGUUUUUCUAGUUCAGCCUAAAGAAAAUAAUUUCUUGGAUAGGGACCAAAAGUAUGUGAUCUUUCAUACACUUCUUGAUUCUAAAAUCACUGUAAUUCUUGAUGAUGAUGCCAUUGGUCAGCCCAAGAUUUGACCAUGGAGGAGAUAAUUGCUAGCGGCACUACAAAUUUGAUAUCGGAACCCUCUGAUUCUCUCAGCUCCACCGGCCAACAAAGCCACCGCCACAAGCGGCCGAGGGCGGACCCAAACGCCGCCGGCAACAUAACUUCAUCAAGGUUCAAGGGAGUCGUCGGCCAGCAGAGCGGAAACUGGGGGGCUCAGAUUUACGCCAACCACCAGAGGAUUUGGCUCGGAACUUUCAAAACAGAGGAGGACGCCGCUGCAGCCUACGACAGCGCCGCCAUCCGCCUCCGCAGCGGCGACGCCCACCGGAACUUCGCCUGGACCAGCCUCACCCUUCACGAACCCAAUUUUCAAAAUCAAUUCUCAACCGAAGAAAUCCUCAAGAUGAUCAAAGACGGAUCCUACGUCCCCAAAUUCUCGGAAUUCUGCCAGCAACGAACCGCUCAGGCCGGGAUCCAAACCGCCACCGCCGCCCCCCCACCGCGGGCAGGGAACGAACCCGGUUCGGUUUUGAGGGAGCUUUUCAAGAAAGAGCUGACCCCGAGCGACGUCGGGAAGUUGAACCGGCUCGUGAUCCCGAAGAAAUACGCGCUCAAAUUUUUUCCUCGCACGCCGGCGAUUACGCCGGAGAAUAUGAACGGCGAGGAAUCCAGCGCCGGCGGAGAUCAAGACAUGGAGCUCGUCUUCUACGACAAAUCGAUGAGAUCCUGGAAGUUCAGGUACUGUUACUGGAAAAGCAGCCAGAGCUUUGUGUUCACUCGGGGUUGGAACCGGUUCGUUAAAGACAAAGGAAUUGGCGCGAGAGAUAUGGUGGUUUUCUCCGCCUACGACUGUCCGGAGGAAAACGGGUCAGGAAGACGGACUAUUUGCGUCGUAGACGUGGAAUUCAAUAAUGACAAUUCAAAGGCAAAAAAUACCAAUGAAGGAAAUACGACAAAGGAGGGCAUUUAUAAGAAUUUCAACGAGAAGAAAGAAGGGUUAGAAGUGGAAACUGAAAAUGAGGCAGAGAUGCCCUCUGGGUUUAAGCUUUUUGGUGUACAAAUUAUCUGAGUUUUCCACAGGGGUAAAACUAGUAACUACUCUUACUAAUACACUACUAAUUACACUGCCUACUACUAUUAUAUACGUAGUAUAAAUAAAUAGUUAGUUAACAUUACUGUAUUAAUUAGUUGCCUA